UGUCCUGAUUAUUAUACAAAGCAAUUUGUAGAGUGCCUCUUCUCAUUCUUCUUGAUGCAGCUGUGCAUCUUCUAAGGGGCCAUGGAAUACGUACUCUCUCCUUCAUCAGAGAUUGCUCCCUUUCCCCCCCCCCCCCACUUACCAUCCUGCAACUUUUUGCCAGCUGAUUUCUGAAAUAAAUCACCCUUUCCCAGUGUUCAGUCUAGCCACACAGUGAGCAGAUUCUGCUCCGAUCAGGUGCCCCGGGGCUUUGGUGCUGCAACAUAGAAGAUCUCUGGCUGUCCGAGUCUGUGUUCUUGUGCUUCUAUCUGCGUGUUCAGUGGGACUCAAGCUGAUUUUUAUCUUUGUCCACUAGGGGGCUGCUUGCAGGGGAAAGGGAAAAAAACGAAGGAUAAAAAAAUAACAUGCUGCUGAAAUUUCAGCAAGAGAGAAAAAGAGAGAGCGGGUGAGAGAGACAGCAAAGCAGUCACAGGCUUUCUCCUUUCCUUUGCACGUCAGAAGCAGGCAGCGACCCUGCUUAAGGCUUUUGGCUCAACACGCAGAGGCUCCGAAAGAGGGACAGGGAUACAGAGAGUGAAAGAAAAGGGGGAGCCCCUACCCAAGGAAAUUACCACUAGAGAAGUGAAGCCACCUGACUUUCUUGGGUUUAUUUAGGUUGGCUCCUCUCCUCCUCUUUCCACUCCCCAUUCCUGACUGCUUGGGUUUUAUGUUGGUGGUUUUUGCCUCUUCUCCCUCAGAGAAGGACCAAGAGAAGGGAGAGAGGUGUGUGCUCUAGGUGAGCUUCCCAGCUGGCUCAAGACUGAACAGCCGAGAAUCCUCUCCACCAGCUGUCUCCUAACUGCUCCCCUGCCACCCACCCUCAGCCUGGAUCCUUCCCACCUGGAUGGCAGUCUGCUGGACUUCUGAAUGUGUAUCCUGAAGUUGUAUCAGGAAGUUAUUUCUUCUAAACCUGAUAGAGGGACAAGUUUCCUUUGGUGACAGAAGUGAAGAAUUGACAGGAGGAGGGGAGAAUUAAAGGGGUAAUUACCAAAGAUUCCUAACAUACUGUACAGUCCUCUACAGGCUGGCCUUCAAGGAUCUUCCUCGUCUCCAGAAAAAUGGCAGUUGAUGGGGAAACAGUGGUACUGAAGAACAUGCUCAUUGGGGUCAAUCUGAUCCUGCUUGGUUCUGUCCUCAAACCCUCUGAGUGUCAGCUGGAAGUGACAACGGAAAGGGUCAGGAGACAGGCAGUAAAGGAGGAAGGGGGAUUUGUCAACUAUAGUGCAUCCAGCAAAGAGUAUCCUAUGGUCUUCAACCAUGUAUAUAAUAUCAAUGUCCCCUUGGACAGCCUCUGUUCCUCUGGUCUGGAGGCUUCAGCAGAGCAGGAGGUGAGUGCAGAAGAUGAGAGGAUGACGGAAUAUAUGGACCACACUUCAGACAGCGAGAGCCAGGUCACCUUCACCCACAGGAUCAACCUUCCCAAAAAGGCCUGCAAAUGUUCCUCCUCUACCCAGCUCAUGCAGGAACUUCUGAGUCGAAUUGAAAUGCUGGAGAGGGAAGUGUCUCUGCUUCGAGACCAAUGCACCUCCAACUGCUGCCAGGAAAAUGCAGCCACAGGUCAACUGGAUUAUAUCCCACACUGCAGUGGUCAUGGAAAUUUCAGCCUGGAGUCCUGUGGUUGCAUCUGCAAUGAAGGCUGGUUUGGAAAAAACUGUUCAGAACCCUAUUGCCCUAUGGGCUGCUCCAGCCGGGGAAUGUGUGUGGAAGGCCAGUGCGUGUGUGACAGUGACUAUAGUGGUGAUGACUGCUCGGAGCUCCGGUGCCCAACGGACUGCAGCAAUCGAGGGCUCUGCGUUGAUGGCGAGUGUGUCUGUGAAGAGGCUUACACGGGAGAAGACUGCAGUGAACUGAGGUGUCCUGGGGACUGCUCAGGGAAGGGGAGAUGCUCCAACGGCACUUGCUUCUGCCAAGAGGGCUAUGUUGGGGAAGACUGUGGCCAGCGCCGGUGCCAGAAUGCCUGCAGUGGGCGAGGGCACUGUCAAGAUGGGCUCUGCUUCUGUGAGGAAGGGUACCAGGGUCCUGACUGUUCAGCAGUUGCUCCUCCCGAGGACCUGCGUGUAGCAGCAAUCAGCGACAGGUCUGUUGAGCUGGAAUGGGAUGGACCGAUGGCAGUGACAGAAUAUGUGAUCUCUUACCAGCCAACGGUCCUGGGAGGCCUUCAGCUCCAACAACGGGUGCCCGGGGACUGGAGUGCCAUCACCAUCAAGGAGCUGGAGCCAGGACUUACCUACAACAUCAGUGUCUUUGCUGUCAUUAGCGACACCCUCAGUCUCCCUGCCAUUGCCAAGGUGUCCACUCAUCUCUCCACCCCUCAAGGGCUGCAAUUCAAGACUAUCACAGAGACCACCGUGGAGGUGCAAUGGGAACCCUUCUCUUUCUCAUUCGAUGGGUGGGAGAUCAGCUUCAUCCCAAAGAACAAUGAAGGGGGAGUGAUUGCCCAACUCCCUAGUGAUGUCACAUCCUUCAACCAGACCGGGCUAAAGCCAGGGGAAGAGUACAUCGUUAAUGUGGUGGCUCUCAAAGAUCAAGCACGGAGCCCCCCAACAUCAGCCAGCAUCUCAACUCUCAUUGAUGGACCUACACAGAUCUUAGUUCGAGAUGUCUCAGACACUGUGGCCUUCGUGGAGUGGACCCCGCCUCGAGCCAAAGUUGAUUUCAUUCUCCUGAAAUACGGGCUAGUGGAUGGAGAGGGUGGUAGGACUACUUUCAGGCUGCAGCCUCCUCUGAGUCAGUAUUCUGUGCAAGCCUUAAGACCUGGUUCCCACUAUCAAGUCUCAGUCAGUGCCAUUCGAGGGACCAAUGAAAGUACUUCCACCACCACUCACUUCACAACAGAGAUCGAUGCCCCCAAGAAUUUACGGGUGGGCUCCCGUUCAGCAACCAGCCUGGACCUUGAAUGGGACAACAGUGAAGCUGAAGUUCAGGAGUACAAGGUGGUAUACAGCACCCUGGCGGGUGAGCAGUACCAUGAGCUGAUGGCCCCUAAGAAUUCAGGCCCUACCACCAGAGCCACCCUCACGAAUCUCGUGCCAGGAACAGAAUAUGGUGUUGGGAUAUCAGCAAUCAUGGGCAAUCAACAGAGUGUACCAGCCACCAUGAAUGCUAGGACUGAUCUGGACAGUCCACGUGACCUCAUAGUGACAGCUUCCUCAGAGACCUCCAUCUCCCUGAUCUGGACCAAGGCCGGCGGCCCCAUUGACCACUACAGAAUCACCUUCACACCCGCAUCUGGAAUGUCCUCGGAGAUCACGGUGCCCAAAGACAGGACCUCUUACACACUUACAGACCUGGAGCCCGGUACUGAAUACAUCAUCUCAGUCACUGCGGAGAGGGGCAGGCAGCAGAGCCUGGAAUCCACGGUGGACGCCUUCACAGGUUUCCGUCCCAUCACCCAUCUACACUUCUCUCAUGUCACUUCAUCCAGUGUAAACAUCACCUGGAGUGACCCAUCCCCUCCAGCUGACAGGCUCAUCCUGAACUACAAUCCCCGAGAUAAGGAGGAAGAGGCUUUAGAAGUCUCACUAGAUGCUACCAAAAGGCACGCCAUUCUGAUGGGUCUGCAACCAGCUACUGAGUAUAUUGUGAACCUGGUGGCUGUUCAUGGGAUGGUAACCUCUGAGCCUAUUGUGGGCUCCAUCACUACAGGGAUUGAUCCUCCUAAAGAUAUAAUAAUAAGUAAUGUUACCAAGGACUCUGUGACUGUCUCCUGGAGGCCGCCCAUUGCAUCUUUUGAUUACUAUAGAGUAUCCUAUCGACCCACACAAGUGGGAAGACUAGACAGCUCUGUGGUACCCAACACAGUCAACGAAUUCACAGUCACCAACCUGUAUCCAGCCACAGAAUAUGAAAUCAGCCUGAACAGCGUUCGAGGCCGAGAGGAGAGUGAGCGCAUCUGCACACUUGUACAUACAGCCAUGGACAAUCCCAUAGAUCUGGUUGCCACCAACAUCACCCCAACAGAAGCCCUGCUACAGUGGAAAUCACCUGUUGGUGAAGUGGAAAACUACAUCCUUAUUCUAACACACUCCUCAGUUGCCGUGGAAACAAUUCUAGUGGAUGGAAUCAAUGAAGAGUACCAGCUUGUGGGUCUGCUUCCCAAUACUCACUACACAAUCAUCAUGUAUGCUACCAAUGGACCUCUCGCCAGCAGCACCAUUGAAGCCAAUUUCACCACCCUUCUGGAUCCACCUACAAACUUGACUGCCAGUGAGGUCACCAGACAGAGUGCCCUGAUUUCCUGGCAGCCUCCCAUGGCAGACAUUGAGAACUACAUCUUGACCUAUAAAUCCAAUGAUGGAAGCCGGAAAGAGUUGAUAGUGGAUGCAGAAGACAAUUGGAUCCGCCUAGAAGGACUUUCAGAGAACUCUGAAUAUACAGUGCUCUUGCAGUCAGCCCAGGAUGCUGUUCACAGUGUUAUUACCUCUGCUAGCUUCACCACAGGCGGUCGGGUGUUCCCUCACCCUCAGGACUGUGCCCAACAUUUGAUGAAUGGAGAUACUCUCAGUGGGGUUUAUACCAUCUCCAUCAAUGGGGAUCUGAGCCAGAAGGUCCAGGUAUACUGUGAUAUGUCAACAGAUGGAGGUGGCUGGAUUGUGUUCCAGAGACGGCAGAAUGGCCUGACAGAUUUUUUCCGGAAAUGGGCAGAUUACCGUGUUGGUUUCGGAAACUUAGAGGAUGAGUUUUGGCUGGGACUGGAUAACAUACACAAGAUCACAUCCCAAGGGCGAUAUGAGUUGCGGAUAGACAUGCGAGAUGGCCAAGAAGCGGUUUACGCCUAUUAUGACAAGUUCUCUAUUGGGGAUAGUAGAAACCUCUACAAGCUCCGAAUAGGAGACUACAAUGGCACUUCUGGGGAUUCCCUUACUUAUCACCAGGGGAGGCCAUUCUCCACUGAAGACAGAGACAAUGAUGUUGCUGUUACCAAUUGUGCCAUGUCCUACAAGGGAGCUUGGUGGUAUAAGAACUGCCACCGAACCAACCUAAAUGGAAAGUAUGGUGAAUCCAGGCACAGUCAGGGGAUCAACUGGUAUCACUGGAAAGGCCACGAGUUCUCCAUCCCCUUUGUGGAAAUGAAGAUGCGGCCUUACAACCACCGACCUACAGUUGGAAGAAAACGACGGUCCCUACAGCUGUGAGCAGAGGAGAGCCCAUAAACAAUCGACCUUUUCUGUCAUUUGUUUGUAUUUUAUAAUAUGAAAUAAGGUGGGAGGGAAAUAAUAAUGAUGCACUAUUGCAAUCUACUAAGGGUAUAAAAGGAAGUGGGAAUGAAGCAGGAAGCCAGUACAGAGGGGAUAACCAGGGCCACAACAAAUUGCUCUCCCAGGUGAUGAAAUUCCAAGGUCCUGACCCUUCAUCCCAGGUCUCCUUCCUAUUUAAUCAUACUCCAACUCCUGACUAAAGGAGACAAAGGAAAAUUUUCAUGAAAGACCAAACCAGGGAACAAGUCCAGCCCUUACCAUUUUGGUGGGUUAGGAUUUCAUCUUCUCCCUCUUGUCUUUUCUCUGAGAUGCCCUUCAUCUUCCUAACCUGAGUCAUGGUUAUUGACAGUCUCUGAAAUAGGGCCUUAACUCAUUCAUCUGGCUGAUGUAUUAGCCAGCUAUUAAUAUGAUAUGCCCUAAGUAGGAAGCCAACAGAUGAGACGGCUUUUAAACAUAAUUUUUCUGGCAACAAUGUGUUGGCCUUUCACUAUUCUAGUGACCUACGCUCCCUUUAAAGGAUUCUAAAUUCUCAUUUCUGUCCUUCUUAUUAUUCUUACCCAAGAGGUGCUCUUUCUUUUAAGAUUUCCCAGGGAGCCCCACUUCUCUUUCAUCCACUAACAAUGGUAUUUCCCAACUGCACUUGUCAUCCCUACUCCCAGACACUGAUUCAGAAUACAUACUACUUAAAAUCUCUGACACUGGAUUUCAUAUGCCAUGACAUAUUGCACCAUAAAUCUCCUUCAAGUCAACCAAUCAACAAUUCUCUAUGGAGUAUCUAUUAUAUACUCAGCACCAUGCUAUGAACCAAUAUAACAAAACCUAAAACAUGGUCCCCACCAACAAGGAGAUUCCACUCCUCAGAGUAAGUACAGAAAACAUGUACCUGUGUUUCCUAAAUGUUUGCUCCUUUUCUUGAGGAAAUGCCAACUACCACAGCCUGUACACAGUCAGUAUCACUGAACUGUGGGCCAACCAGUUAAACUCAAAGUAAUCCCGCCGAAUAACCAGACAGCUAUUCCAUCAGUCAGUAUGGGGUAGCAGUGGUAAAUCUUGGCCCAGUGGGGAUGAAAUGACCCCAUUAGUCGAUGAGCUCAAAAGAAACUUUCCUCCACCUUCCUUUAUUAUUUACCUAGGAUAGGAAAAAUGAAAAGUGCCAGAGCAAAUUACAUCUAAAAAUCCAAAGGUGAAGAGGAGAGACCUGUGCCUACCUCCCAUUUUAUUAGAUGCUGUAUCUUCACUAUCACUAUUUGAUUUCUUUUUUUUUUUCCUAAGCCUAAGAGGACAGGGAGUCACAGUGGCUAUUUUGGAAGCUUUUUCUACUUUCAGAAUAAAUUCCAACCACAUCCUAUACUAGCUGCUGAAAUCUUUGUGCAGCUCCCCAUCUCUCUUUCCCUCCUUUUUUCACUUUAUGGUGACAGUCCAUUGACUUUCUCCAUUUUCUGCAAACCCAGGGCUAUAUCCAGAUCAGAGACUUUAGGACCCUUACCCAGCAUUCACUGUUUAAGUCUGAGAGUUAGCAAUUUUCUCAUGAAGUUAUUAGUGAUCAAACACAAACUUGACUACAUUAGAAAGGAAUAGCAAUCCCUUGGGGCUAGCUAGUGUGUCUCCUAACAUAUGUCUUUCUUUGAGGGGGAAAUAAAAUGGUUGUUUGGAUUCAGUGAGGUGGCAAUCUGAGCAGUGGGCUCCUUUAACAUGCUUCUUAAAAUCUUGGCACACUCAGCAAGGAAAAUGAGGCUAGAAUGUUCCAUUUUGAAUUCAGCAUAAGCUCUAAAUUUUUAGUAAAAAAAUGAAAAAGAAAACCUAUGUGUGCAUACAUAUAAAUAAACAUGUAAACAUAUAUGUACACAUACAUAUGAGAAAAAAACAGAACGUCUUCUGGAAGAAACUUCAGUGGCCAUCCAAUUCAAUACUUUCAUUUGUAGUAAACAGGCCCAGAGAUAUUAAAUGAUUUCCCAAAACUUACAUAUCUGACUGAGGGCAGAGCCAGAAUUAUAACCCAGGUCUCAAAAGACUCCUGAGAUAGUGUCUAUCCCAUGACAGCAAUCUACCUGUUCUGUUGAGUUGGUCAAUAUGUAGGCCAAAACAGUAGGAAGAACUACAGAUGUUGGCAAAAUAGAAAUUGAUUUAGGAGAAAUGAUCCAUUUUAUAAGGAUUGGAAAAUUGAAAAAGAUUUUUCCCUUACCAAAAAAAAAGUAAAAAUCUGGAGUCAUGUGUAAAUCUCAGAGCCAAAGACAGAGAAAUGGUACUUCAGGAAAGAUCUUGCUAAGUAAGACAUGAAUCCACUCAAUGACCAGUCAUGUCAAUUAGCAGGGAAACAAAAUCACUUUUAAUUCAUAUAUUUCUUAUGGUCAUGUUCAUUAUUGUGAUGAUAGUCAAGGCUGAAAUUCUGAAAAAAGACAUGAUUUCCUUGGCCCCAGGCAGCUUGUAUUAGAAACAUAGAGUUUAUCAAGAAGGAACCCUAAAAACAGAGUCCUGCCAUUCAGUGGAAAUGAGCCAUCCAGCAAGAACAUUGCAGAAAUGGCACAAAUAGAACUACACUGUAAUAAAAAUAUCAUUGGCAGUUUUCUUUUGAAUAAUUCUGAAAAAUUCCUAUAUUAUUUCUUAAAAUUGAGCCACAGUUUACCAUCUUUUACAAAACCUAGUGCUCCUUUCCCAUUUAUGCCUCAGUGCUCAUAUAUUCAGUAGAGCAUUGUAAAACAUACUGACUACCUCAUCAUCUGCUUUCAUAAACAUGUGCUUACUCCAGUACGUGUUAAUCAACUAUCAAAAUGCCCUCAUCUCCUGCUUUGAGCCCUACCAGUACCAUGAACUCAACUGUUUUUGAAGGAAACAGCAGAUCAUUGGCUGAUGUUAGAGCUGAGAUGGAACUUAGUGGUCCAACUUCCUCAUCUUACAAAUGGAAAACUGAGGCUAAUAGAGAUUAUAUGAUUGACCCAAAAUCCCAUAGGUAGCAAGCAAUAGACAAGGGGGUUUAAUCCAGAUCAUUCUAAUCUCCAAAUUAGUAUUCUUGCCAUCAUGUCUAGGCCACCUACCAACAUGAUAGCUAUACCCAUGGAUUGACAGAGUUAUGAAACUAAAUUAACCUAUCAAAAAAAAUCAAUAAAUACAAAUGAGUCUUAAUCUUCUAAUAAACAGAUGAAGACUAGAUAGGAAAAUAGGACUGCCAUUUUACUAUAUUUUAAUUUCAAGACUGGACAAGUGGGGGCAGAAAAGUAAUGAUGAAUAGAGAGACAGUAUUAUGAAAAAAAAAAAUAUGGCAAAAGGGGAGAGAUCAAAAACUGAGAGACAUUGGGAUUUCUCCUCUAGACUGAAAGUGAUAUGAUUCCUGGAUGUAAUCAUAAAUGAGGCUGAUUCCAUUUCAAUCCUUGAAGAAAAAUAGUGGGGUAGGAGAAUCCAGCCAACCUAGAAAAAAAGAGAUUUUGAAAGCUUAACAAAGACUUCUUGAUAAUGAGCAACAAAAUAGGACUUAAGGCACAGAGAAAGU